AUGUUGCAGAAUCUUACAGCAAUUCGAUUGGAGGAUAAUGGCCAUUGCUAUCUUGCGCCAUCUAGCAACCAGGCAGAAAGGCUUUUAAAUGUCGAGCUUGAGGAGUUGUCUGUAUCGGAUGUACAAAGAGUUGGUGGAUUGUUAGCAGUAGUUUUUUGCAAAAACUUACCAGUUUUCUUCUUAAAACCCUUCAUAUACGAAGAACACGAAAGAAAAAAGCGAAGUGAAAGUUUAAUACUAAACAGCUUAACGAUACCAAUUGAAGAGCGAAAGCCGAACUGUAUGGAUCUGUUGUUAGACUGCGGUGAUAAGAUUGGCGAAACAAACAGUUGUUAUACAUGGCUAAAUGGAGUAUUGAAUAUGAGCCGUGAAUGCUCAGAUCAAAAUACUGUUAAAGUAACUGUAUUCAAUACCACAGCAGCCACUCAAGAGCUGACUGAAAAACAGUGGCAAAUUUGUCGAGAACGGCGAAAAAAGGGGCUCCGUUGUUGA